AUGAUUGUACUGGUUCUUCCUCCGUUUCAGAUUCAAAGCCAUUUAGCACUGUUGGCGAUGCUUCCUGAAGGUAGUGAAGCUCACAACCAUGUUCGGCGUGUCCUAGAUAGUGUGGUUGGCCUUGGUCGUGAUCUUGUAGCUAAUGAGGAGGUAGACAAUGGCCAUGAGAGUGAACCAACAGCUACUGAAAUCCCAAGCACAAGCGCAGCACCCGUAAGUACACGGACCCGUGCUCAGCGUGCUAUUGCAAGCUCAAGCACAAGCGCAGCUAGGGGCCGUGGUCGGCCUGCUACAGCAAGCCCAAGCACAAGUGCAACCAGGGGCCGUGCUAUGCCUGCUACAGCAAGCCCAAGCACAAGUGCAACCAGGGGCCGUGCUAUGCCUGCUACAGCAAGCCCAAGCACAAGUGCAAGUAGGGGCCGUGGUCGGCGUGCAACAACCCCUCGGGUUGUAACUAGUCCUGAGAUGCCUGCACCCAUCCCGCACUCAUCUCCUCAGCCUGAGGUCCCUCCACACAUCCCAGCUACAUCUAUUCAGCCCGAGGUCCGUUCACCCAGCCCAUCUUCGCAGCCGGAUUUUGAUCUCGGUAUUGAUGACACUGUGACCCCUCCUAUACUCCCCGAGACACCCUCUUACCCACCUACCAGCUCUACUGCACCCACUCCUGGCCUGUACUUAGAGCAUCAUUACCCACCUACCGCAUCCUCAUCUGACCCUCUAGGACCUCCGGUUGGGAUUGACACUGUACAGCCACAUACUGAUGUACCAAACGAGCAUCCCCCUCAUCAGCCCUCACCUCCACGAGGUAGACCACAGCGCACUAAAAGAGCACCCACUUGUGGGACAGGUGGACACAAAAUAGGACACCGAGGUAGCUCUAUGCAUGACGAUGAGCCUAAGGAUGAUGCCCCGCAGUCUCCUCCCCCGCCCAAACAUUACACCAGGGUUAAAAAACGCAAAAUUGGCGAACCUUGA